AUGAAUACUUUAUCUUUUAUGACGUUUGUAAUUAUAGCAACUAGCGCGUUGCUCAUUGAAACUCACUGUCUGCCUUUAGCGUCUCCGGAUUAUGGACAUGGACAUGACCAUGGAUACGGACAUGACCACGGGCAUGGACAUGACCACGGGCAUGGACAUGACCACGGGCAUGGACAUGAUCAUGGGCAUGGACAUGAUCAUGGGUAUGGACACAGCCAUGGGUACGGACAUAACCAUGGUUACGGAUAUGACCAUGGUUACGGACAUGAUCAUGGUUACGGACACGACCAUGGACAUGGUCACAACCACGGAUAUAGCCACGAUCAAAGGUACGGUCAUCAUGGAUACGGCCAGGACCUAGGCUUUGGUGUUUACUUUGGAUAA